GAUCAGCCGUUUAGCGGGAACGCACAAAUUUGUAACAUCCCCACUUCUGCUCCUCGAAUUGGAGUUCCGAAAUCCCUAGAUUACUCAAAUUCCGCCAUUGGAGUCUCCUCCGAAUUAUUACAGAAGAUACAUAGCAGCUGUUGAAUUAUAGAGAUGGACAUUGGCUGCUCAGGAGAGAAUCAUAGUCCUUUUGUCACUCCAAAGAGGCAUAACCAUUCUUCAACAUUGGACAGAACUCCGGGACGAAGGAAGUUAGCACUUGAUGAUGAAAAUGAAAAUGGGUCAGAGAAGAAAGGACACUCAAGAACUGCUGGAGGAGGACUUCGUCAGUUUAGUGUUAUGGUUUGCCAGAAGUUGGAAGCCAAGAAGAUAACAACAUAUAAGGAGGUUGCAGAUGAGAUUAUUUCGGAUUUUGCCACAACACAGAAUGACACACUGGGAUCUUCAGAAGAGUUCAACGAGAAGAAUAUAAGGCGGCGAGUCUAUGAUGCACUCAAUGUUUUCAUGGCGUUGGAUAUCAUUGCAAGGGACAAAAAGGAAAUCCGAUGGAAAGGACUUCCUAUUACCCGCAAAAAGGAUGUGGGAGAAGUAAAUGCUGAACGGACUAAACUCGUGAACAGUGUCCAAAAGAAGGCUGCUUACCUUAAAGAGUUGGAAGAAAAGGUCUUGGGUCUUCAAAAUCUUACGUCAAGAAAUCAGCAGGUGUUUGAGAAGUCUAAAUGCCAUACAGAAGGAUUUACUUUGCCAUUCAUCCUAGUCCAGACAAGUCCUCAUGCAACUGUUGAAGUCGAGAUCUCAGAGGAUAUGCAACUGGUGCACUUUGACUUCAAUAGCACGCCCUUCACAUUGCACGACGAUGCUUACAUUCUGAAACUGAUGCACCAACAGAAGCUGCAGCCAAAUGCAAAUCACCAUACUUCUCAGCAUUCCUCUGCUCUUUCUUCCUCCAGCUCUUGUGUUGUCUCUGGAACGACCGGCCCCGUCGUCUGGAACACCAAUUCCACCACCACCCGCUGAGUAAAAUCCGAAUAUCCGACUCUUUUUUUCGCUCUCUUGGUCUGUGGAAACAUACAGGAAUCAAUUUGUUAUGCUAUCUAUACAUCUGGGUUAGUGUUUUAGAAUAGGAAGUGGAGACUCUGGUAGUUGAUCCUGUUUGGAGAGACUGUAAAUGAACAAUUCAUUGGUAAAAAAUGUCUAUUUAGAUUUCGGUUUA